AUGAACGCCAGUCUUCCUGAGAGCUUUCGAAAAAUCAAUCCGAAGAUGAGAGUCCCUGUCAUUUCAAUUGAUACGAAUGUGAUUACAGAAACGCCAGCAAUCUUCACAGCAAUAUCCCAGCUUGCCCCAGAACAUAAUUUUCUCGGCAGUUCCAACAUUGAGGUUGUACGGGCAUAUGAAUGGCUCAACUGGUUAUCUGGAACUCUCCACGGUCAAGCUUUUGGAGGUCUCGUUAGGCCACACAGAUAUGCCGAUGAUCCAGCCCUAUACGAUGCGAUCAAAGCAAAAGGAUGGAAGAACGUAGAAGAUUGUUUUGAGAAGAUAGAGUCGGAUCUGUCCGGAGUACAUGCAGUGGGUGAUAGUUUCACCGCUGUGGACAUCCUCUUGUAUGUCUUUUGGUGCUGGGGAAAUUUUUCCGGGGCCGAAAUGGCACAUAGGUAUCCCAAAUACACAAAGCUGGUGGUGGAAGUGGCGAAAAAGUCAUCUGUACAGGAUGUUCUGGAGGCCGAAGGGGUCCCUUCAUUUCUUCCGAAGUUGUAA